AAAGUAACGGUUUUUUAAAUUCAAAAAUGACAAUGAAGGAAAAUUAAUAACGUAACGGAGACAUUAAUUAAUUACGUUAUUAUUUAUUUAUAUAGUUGUUGGCAAUAUUUGUUUGCUUUGAUUUGAAACAGAAGAAGAGUAGCUUCUACUUGUUCUAUUCUUCUAUUCUUUUCUUUUCUUUUCUUUACUCUCUCCACACUCCACUCAACUUAGCUCUUUCUUUAAAUAUUAAAAACCCACUCUCUUCUCUACCGUUGAACAAACCUCGGAGAUCGGAAGUUUAGCAAUAUGGAGAGGAACACUCCGGUGAGGAAACCACACACUUCCACCGCAGAUCUGCUUACUUGGUCGGAAACUCCAAUCGCUGAUUCUCCAGCUCCUCCUUCUUCCGCCACUCGUUCUCACCAGCCGUCGGAUGGGAUCAGCAAGGUGGUUUUUGGGGGUCAGGUGACAGAUGAAGAAGUUGAGAGCUUAAACAAACGAAAGCCUUGUUCGGAGUAUAAGAUGAAGGAGAUUACCGGGAGUGGAAUAUUUGUAGCAAACGGAGAAGAUGAAGCCACAGAGGAUGGCAGUGCCAACCCUUCUGCAAAUAAAACUGGAAUUCGCUUGUACCAGCAAGCUAUUGCGGGAAUCAGUCAUAUCUCCUUUGGCGAGGAAGAGAGCGUUUCACCCAAAAAGCCUGCUUCAUUGCCUGAGGUGGCCAAACAGCGUGAGCUCAGCGGAACUAUGGAGAGUGAAGACAAUAAGUUGAACAAGCAGCUUUCUGAUGCAAAGUGCAAGGAGCUUAGUGGUCAUGACAUAUUUGCUCCACCACCCGAAAUCAAACCCCGGCCAAUAACUCCUCGGAUACUCGAGUUGAAAGGAAGCAUAGGCAUUGGAGAUAGCCAUGUUGAUGGAGAUCAAGGUGCUGGUACAGGGGAACCUGUAAUGAAGACAGCAAAGAAGAUUCUUAAUCAGAAAUUUGCAGAUCUUUCAGGAAACAACAUAUUUAAGGGCGACGCUCCACCUUUGUCUGCUGAGAAAUCAUUGAGUGGGGCGAAACUCCGAGAGAUAAGUGGGAGUAACAUCUUUGCUGAUGGGAAGGCGGAGUCUAGAGACUAUCUAGGUGGUGUACGGAAGCCGCCGGGUGGCGAGAGCAGCAUUGCAUUGGUAUAAUUUGUUAGGUCUAAUUUUGGUUUUAAUUAAUUUUUAGUGGGGAUGUGUUAUUAAUAUUAUUUGACCUUUUAUUUCUGGGUUUUGGGAAUUUGCCUUUUAGGUUCGUUGAUUAAUAUCUUGACCAAAAGGAUUAUUGCUAAUUGGUUGUUUGUCCAUAAUCCUGUGUUUUCUUCUGGGUUUGCUUAAUGAAGUGAUUUGGACUGUUUACUCCAUUA